CAUAGUACACCCCUCAAGCAUUUCUCCAUGGCCCACGUCGCUCUCUUGACCACUCGACCUUGAAGGGACUAUCGCGUGGCAAUGCCCACCCGACAAUCGAACUACCAGUCUACUAGAUAACGAAACGUGGCACCGGCACAGAACUGCAUAUGCAUAUAUACUGCACUGAUCCAUGCCUAGUCGAGAAAAAUCGGCAGUCUCCCGCUCAUCUUCUUGCUUUGACAUUUACUUAAGGCCUUCUGCGGUCUCUUUGCGGUGUCCUUUCCCUGGUUCUGCCUUUUCAAAUCUCUUGUACAAGUCGCGUUCAAACUCUUGGUUUUAAUACACGGCCCAAGAUGUCGGUUACAGAUGUUCACGAGAGACUUCCUCCCGGAACCCAGAGAAUCGAGGACUCGAUUGGGUCCAAGAUUCUCCUGGCACCUCAGCCCAAUGCCGACCCAAACCAGCCUCUGAAUUGGUCCACAUUCCGGAAAAGUGUCCACAUGGCGAUUCUCUGCUUCUACGCACUCAUGGUGUUCGCAACACUCUGUAUCAUGGUUCCCCUCUGGCAAGACCUGAAUGAAGAUCUCGGCUUCAGCUAUGACACCUUGAACAACGGCUAUGCGGCCAACAUGGCUGGCUUAUCCGUUGGCUGUCUCAUCUUCAUUCCCAUGGCCCUCAAAUUUGGCAGACGUCCAGUCUAUAUCGCGACUGCCAUAGUCAUGCUCGCCACCGUUACAUGGCAGGCUAAGAUGAACACCGCUGCAGACAUGAUCGCUUCCUACGUCAUUAUGGGCAUGGCUGGUGCGGUCAAUGAGGCUCUGUUCCAAGUCACCGUUGCAGAUCUCUUCUUUGUUCACCAGCGAGGAACCAUGAACGGCAUUUAUCUCUCAGUGGUGCUUAUCGGAAAUUAUUUUGGACCCGUGGCCGGCGGCUACGUGGCCAUCUCUUCUCAGGGAUGGCGCUGGGCGCUUUGGUAUUGCGUCAUCUUCGAUGCCAUUCUUGUGCUCGCUUUGAUCUUCUUCCUCGAGGAAUCAAAGUAUACUCCCUUGGUUGUUCAAGGCGAAGAGGUCCCCACCCCAUCAUCCUCCUCCAAAGACGAGACUCUCUCCAAGGUUCCAAGUGCCACUAAGCCGCAACUGGGUUCUGUUAAUGUUGAUGCCACCGAUGCCGCUCAGAACGAACGUCGACGGCUGGUUGAUAUUGACUACAGCAUUCCAAUGAACCCGAUCUCCAAACGUUAUGCAUUAUGGAGUCUGGAGAAGCAAGCCUCGGGGGAAAAAAGAAACAUUUGGCUCCAUGUCUAUCAGCCCUUCCAGCUUCUUGCCACUUUCCCAGCAAUCAUGUUCACAGCACUGCAGUACGGGUUCCUGAUUGCCAUGCUUGCCAUCCUCGCCGUCACACAAGCAACCUUGUACCCAUAUGAGCCUUAUGAGUUCAGUGCAGCAGGCGUUGGCAACAUGAACAUCCCACCUGCAAUUGGCGCUAUUCUGGGCAGCAUCUUCGGUGGGCCAUUGAAUGAUUACUUCAUUGUGCAAGUAGCCAAACGCCGCAAGGGUAUCUACGAGCCUGAGACCAGACUGUGGUUGUUCCUUGUUCCCGGCGCCUGCAUGCCUAUCGGACUGUUCAUGUUUGGUCUGACCAUUUCUCAGGUGCCUUUUUAUCAUAUCUGGCGCUAAAGUCAUAUGCUAACCAGCUGAUAGGGCAUGGCAUGGCAAAUCAAUGCCGUAGGAGCAGGCUUUAUUGGUGCUGCUAUUGGUGGAUGCGGUGAUAUCUCUUUGACCUACUGCCAGGAUUGCUACCAAUACAUCCUCGGUGAUGCGCUCACCUCUGUCGUCUUCGUCCGCAAUAUCAUCUCGACUGCCCUAGUGUUUGCACUGACCCCCUGGAUGGAGGGUAUGGGCGUGUACAACAUGUUUGUCUUGUUGGGAUGUUUGGCAAUUGCAGUCGCGUUGACUUGUGUGCCAUUGAUCAUUUGGGGUCGCCAAUGGCGCAAGAAGCUGGCUCCCAAAUACGAAUACUAUGCUGCGAAGCAGUACUAGUGCACUGCUCAGUGUGCCUGGCUAUCUCCCCAGGUCAUCACCAAUACAUAUACAAUAGACUGAAAAAGAUCUAAUGACAUUAAGUUAUACGAAGC